GUAUGUUGUGCGAGGUGGACAGAAGCUACAUCGAGGAUGGGUUCAACCUGUACGGCCUGCGGCACCACUUCGCCAAUUUCCAGGGCUGCCUGGACAUCAUCCUGGACCGAACUGCUGCGGAUGAACCCCAAGACCCGGUGGUGGCUCAGUCGGCCUUCAUGCUCUACGGCAUGAUUCACGCUCGCUUCAUCGUCACCGCAAGGGGCCUCGAAGCGAUGUACAAGAAGUACCGCCUGGCAGAGUUCGGGAGAUGUCCAAGGACCAUGUGCAAGAACCAACCGGUUGUGCCGGUGGGCAUUUUCGACGAACCGAAGAAGGAGGCGGUGAAACUCUACUGCCCGCGGUGCUGCGACGUUUACAACACCGUCAGUCCCUACGGUGGUGAACCGUUGGAUGGCGCAUUCUUCGGCACCUCCUUUGCACACCUGUUCUUCAUCACGUUCGACAGGCUCGUGCCGGACCCUGCUAGGUCUAGCUACACCCCCCUCAUCUUCGGGUUCAAGAUUCACAAAGGCACCGCAACAUCAGCCGGGGGGGGUGCGGGGAGCGGGAUCACUACCACAGCGGGGGGCGCAGCGGGAUCGGCGUCUUUCGCGGGGUCGGGAGCUAACGCAAGUGGCGCUCCCGCGGGGGGCGCUGCAGCCGGGGGCGGCGGCGGCAGCACGGGGGGGAAGGGGGUGUUGUGGGCCGGCGGUGGCGGCGCGGGGGCCGGGGAAGGUUCCGCGGGCUCCGCGGUCAUGAGCGGCAAGGACGGGCGGGAGGGGGCAGCCGGCGGCGGUGACAACAAGCGACGCCAGCAGGAGAGGGAGUCCCGCGCGGACGGGGCGGCGGAGACGGCGGGGCAGGAGGGCUGGGGCGGCUCCUCGUGCGGGAAGGGCACGCGGCAAGGGGACGGGGAGAGCAGCAGGGGGAGGGCGGGAGACGGUAGCCAGGACGACUCUGUAACAAGCCGAGGGACAGUGACCGGUGGAGCCGGCGGCGGGAACACCUCCAACAACGGUACUACCGGCUCGCGGGCGGAGAGAUCCAAGUCUCCUGGCGGCGGCGGCAGCAGCGGUCGUCCCCCCGGCUCUUCGGCCCAACAGCCCGGCGACGGAGGGCGCGGCGGGGCGAGCGAUCGGGCCCAGUCGGAGCAGCAACAGCAGCAACAACAACAACAACGAGGCGGUUUUCCCGGGGAGGCGUGCUCGGGACCGGCGGUGGUGCCCGAUGGGAACAGCUGCGGAGAUAAGGAAGGGGUCGGGGAAGAGGAAAGGGGGCGGCGCCGGGCCGGGAGCGGAGGCCUGGCUACCCUGGCGGAGGCGGCCACGAAAAGCGAGGACGGCGGGGAUGGGCAGAGAGCAACAAGCCCGCGCAGCGGUGGCGGCAGCAGCGGCGGUGGCGGCGGCGGCGGCGGUGGCAGCGUUGGGGCGGAGGAGAGAUUGGCGGAGGAGGAGGCGGUGGUGGCGGCGAUGCCGGUCGUGGAGCGUAGAACGGGGUCGAAGGAGAUGGCUCCGGUCGUGAAGGCCGAAGCUGGGGCUGGGGCUGGGGCUGGGGAUGGAGGCGGCGGCGGCGGGUCCACCGCUGGCGCGGGCGGAAGCGGUGGCGGCGCUGGCCGGGAGACAAAACGCAUGAGGGUUUCGUGAUGAGAGACGCGUCUGCCUCUGUGGGGAUGGCUUGAGGCGUCCUUUUCACCGGCGGUGCCCUUGUUUCAAGGGUUUUCUCGGCGAUAAGCUUCAUGGGGGCGGUCGUGAAAUGUACUACGGCAAGGACGCUCCGCAGCACAUAGGGGGGGGGUAUUUGCUCCACAAGGGGGUUCGACUUCCACCCGUGUCCUGGCAGGCCAUAGCUCGUAGAGUGUGGUACUCGUUUCCAAUAGUCAUCGGCUACCUCCGCCCAAUGUGUUUUUUUUGUGUUGUUGGCCUUUGUCGGCAAAUAUGCCAGAAGAUAAAGCCGCUCCCUCCAAAAACACGCCUCUGUUGAGACCUCUGUCGAGUACAGGAGAGGAGGAACUCUGGCAUUUGGCUUGCCAGGACCCAUGUAAGGCCGGCAUUUUAAGUCCGACGUUUUCCUAGGCGAAGAGUCACUGUCGGAGCAAAGCGAUCGGUGCCUCGACCGAUUAGAUUAGGCAUCUCGACAACGACUGCUCUCGGUCGACUCUCCCGCGCGCUUCCGAGCGAUCAGGCGUGGUUUAGGCGUGCCUUUCGAGUCUAAUGGGAAACAGUCGUGAGCAAUAUCAAUAUUUUACAAGCAAUGCAUUGGGGGUUCCGGUGAGAUCCACGGUGGUCUUCCUUGCGCGGGGUCUGCCUCUUGUCUGGGUGUGUUUGGAGCUUUCGAACGCGUAACAUGCAGACUGCCGAGGAACACCGGCCGGGUAGCAUACGUCGGGUAGGUCGUGUACCGGACAAGCGUUGCUGCGCUUCCUCUCUUGCAAUGUCCUGCCGGAAUUAUUUCUUAUUUUGGUCGAGCCAUGUAUAUGAUCUUGGCGGGUGUUGGUAGCGGCCCGAUAGCGUGUACUUAUUGCAUGAGGCUGCACGUGUCGUGCGUGCAGAGAUGCCGCUCAUUUGUCGAAAAACAGAACAAAGUUCUAAACGGGUAACUAGUUAUCCGUGGACGUCAUGAAGAGCAUAUUUUACAGUCAUGACGCGCGUGUUGCCGUCCGUUUUUGGUGUUUCAGUGAAGAAGGCUGUUCCUGUGGCACACGAAUGGCUUCUCGAUACCGAUCUCAAUUUUGCACAACAUCGCAGCGUCCUAACUACUGCAUUGUGAUUUUCCUCGGUCUUCCCUUUGGUGCGCUGAUGCCUGUCCUCAAAAGCGGUCCACGCGCGUGUGUGUGUGAACCGAACGAGAGGGUUGUGGCACAUUGUUUGGAGGAAGGAGCCCGCGAUUGUACGCUCCUAAAUUGUGCACGAUGGGCGUCGUCCCGUGCUUGGGGGAAGUGAGCGGAGACGGGUAAAGCUAAAAAGCGAAUGGACGCGGGAGCAUACAGGCGCGCCGUCAGCGGCGGCGGCGCCUGGAACUUUACGUAGCGGUAGUCUGGAAGCGCAGCAGGGCAUAAAAAAGUACCUAGGUUCGAAAUGUUGCUAUUUAGCACCAACUGGUUGUUUUCGCCAAAGGAUGUUGCUAUGUUGUCCUAUUUAAUAAUACAUUUUGUGGAAUAGGAAGGGCUUCUCGCCUGCCUGUCUGCCUAUCUGCCUGUUGCUUCCUGUGGACUGCGGUUGCAGCUUGUAGAUCUCGCUGUUGAGUAGUGAUACUGCUGCCCACUUCGGAUUGUGCCAAAGGCACUCAUUCCCCCGGCCAACCCCUGAGGACCAUGCAACGCCGAUGAAGGCCACGUUUUAUGGUUCGGAGGGCGCGUAGGAGUGAACACGAGAUUGCCGGUCUGCAUACGAACUGUUUUAAGCCAGAGAGACAGCAGUUAGAGCGAGAGAGACAAAAUACAACGCUGGGGGUGGUGUGACGCGAGGAGGGUUGAUUGCUGUCUGCGUAUGAUACAUGUUAUUACCGUUGGGGUGUUCUUUGCCGUCCAACUUGUUCUCCUGGCGUCAGUUUUACACCACCCUUCGGCAUAUACUUGGACGCCCCAGAGGGGGUCAAUCACUCUUCGAGGACACAUCACACAAAAAUGUUUGUUUGUCCCGACUGGUGUCCCGUGAACACCUAUCUCUGAAUGUCCAUGAAGUCAAAUAGGCUGGCCACACACGACGAAGAUGGACGACGUAACAUGCAUGUGUCGCUGUUCUGCAAUAAUUCUGUAGGACGAGUAUACGGUAAGCGAUAUUGUGAUCGCCAGAGGGUCCAGCGCGAUAGAAAAUGAAAACCAAUACAUUU